AUGCGGUUGUCGCCGACUCUCAAUUCUUUCUCUUCUCUCCCAUAUUCCUGUCUUAGCCUAUCUAGGUCUUGUGCAGCGGUUUUCUAUCUAUAACUCUUUCUAAAAGGAAUCUUGAGUGUGGAUCGUUGCAGGUACGCUGGUUCUUUGUUCUUCUUUCAAUAGGCACACUGACAUAAGCAUCUACUAGAAGACUCUUUCAAUUCCGAUUCUCCUCGUUUUAUAUGGUACGUUAAAUCCUUAGGGCUCCAUACGCGUCUCGAGAGACUAAUCGGGUUGUCAGUUGGGUUUCACUUUCGUGACUGUCCUAUGAUUCAGUCCCUGCCUGUCCACUAUACAUCAGGGAACACAUUCCGAACAACCCAGGCGGCACUACUGAUGUACAGCGCUUGGCCUUGUUGUUGUUGAGAAGGUUUCAUCAAGCGAUUUUAUCUUGUCAAUAUUGUCGCACGUGAAUGAUAGAACUAUCCAACUAUUACAGUUAUGUCUGGGAUGGAAGGCGGAAGUCAGUGGUCAGGGGAGAGCACAGGCAAAUAUCAAACGGGCAGUCAAAAUGUGUGGGAGGGAGAAAGCAGUAGCAGCAGCGGCAGUACAUCCCAGGCCUGGUCAAAUGCAUCUCCUGCAGAGUCCACUAUCGCCAGCGCGACAACACCUACAGCAGCCGACUCCUUUCUCACAGCUACCCGGACUACUUUCCCAUCGUCCACGGCAUCGACAAACCCGUCUUCCACCUCGACUUCCUCCGCCAACAGUAGCAACAGCAAUACCACCAAAACUCUCGCUAUCGCCAUCCCCGUUGCCGUUGUGGGCGCAGCAAUCAUCUUCGGGCUUCUCUUCUUCUUUCUGCGACGCCGUCGCCGUCGCCGUCGAGGCCAUGCCAUCCCAUCUACUUCGCAAGUCGAUGUAGUGACCGUUCCGCGACAGCCAAUCCUACCUAAGCCACGGAACUCACCACGAUCACAGCCACCACAAGGCACACCCUGGGGAUUUACGGCCAACGAUACCCACAGCAUUCCCUUCACAGGACCUAUACCAUACAGCAGCUCUAACCUCUCGGGUGACCUUCUCGCUCCGAACCAAUCUCGCAGCCUUGACACAGCUGCCAGUCAUCAAAACUCACCGGCGGGGAUUGACACACCACUUGAACAACCACCUCCAUACACAACUCAACCAGGGCGUGCAGAGACAAGCGUAUCGCCCGUGAUAGACACCGGCGCCCCUUCACGACACGGAUCGAGACGCGAGCGACCGACAUCCCCGUUCAAUCACCCUCUGGAUGAUGCUGUAUCAGAUAUCUCGAGGUACAGUAGGGGGCCAUCCCUUGUCCAUCGUGCCAGUCUCGACGAUAUUUCCUCUGUCUCAUCUAUGGGUGAUGAUGAAAGGCAGCCAGCGAUGCGUCAUUGAGUCACUUCUGAUUUAUGGAUUGUGCAAAUUGGGCUUUGUUUAUUGGUGGGCGUUUUGGUUCUGGUGGAGCGAUCAUUGGCACGGUGCACUCCUGUCCGCUGGCAGACGAUUUUUAUACUUAAUUCUGCAUUUGCACCGGUCACAGGCUCAUAAUGGAAUAUGGCCAACAACGAGCAUUGCUUCCACUGAAGACCAUGAUAUAUUGACGUACCAAACAGUUUGUGAUGAUGUCGCACCCGGUCCCAUCCCUCAACU